CGAGGAUAUCAGUUCUCGUCGGGACGUCGGACUGUUUAGUCGUUAUCUAGUGUAUAACAGACCUUUGAUCUUAGUGUGUUACUGGGCUUAUAUUUACGUGUGUAUACGGUGAUGAAUUAUGUAUAAGUGCUGUGUUCAGUGAGGCAAAAUGACGUUCAACGGUGUGUUGCGCCUAAGCGCGCUUGUAGUGUUGACUAUCGCUCUUUGUAUCGAAGGCAGAGAAGAACCUCACCAAUUCACAAUAGACGAAUUACUCUCAAACAAUUAUGAAACAAAGGAAUCUAAUGAUCUAGGAUUGGAUCCAUGUAAAGCUGGUAACUUUCAAGGAGAUAUCGCAAUACCAGACGUCGAUUACUACAAACCUAGAAACGCUCCGAGUUCCUCUAAAAUUAAUAAAUCCCUUCAAGAAGAAGUUGAAAGACUAAAAAAGGAAGUCCUGUUGGAGGGUCUUCAAGUAGAAGAAGAGGGAUUGCCUGACAUUCUAAGAAAAAGAACCAAACAACCUUUACAGUUAUCACAAGAAAAACCGAAAAAGUAUAAUGAAGCUUCUAUUUCUUCUAAGGUUUUACCAGCAGGGCUGGACAAAUCUCUUUUGCUAAAAAAUGGUAAAUUACCGCCUGGUGAAAAUUUGGAUUACCUUGAGCCUAUCAACUCCGUAAAUCAAACUAAUCAUAAUAUUGUUGUUGAUAACUUGACAGAAUCAGAAAGCCUAGAACAAGACGGCGUUUUAGUUGUAAAUAUUUCAAAUGAUAAUGUAAUGAAUCUUGACGAACUCUAUACAAAUAUUAAGUUGUCAAAUAAUUCACCUAAAGCAGAAGAAGUCAAAAAUAAAAUACAAAGUAACAGUCGUGAAAUAACUGGGGAUUCAAAUAAUAAUAACAAUAUUAAAUUCAAGUUGCCAGAAAACGCAACAGUGGCACCUGCACCAACGAACGGAGACUUGUCAUCUAGUGCUCUAGAUGAUAGCAAUCAAACUAUAAAUAGGGCCGAUAAAACGAAGUAUAAACUAAAACCAGACAUAAAUGAAACUAACGAUUUACUAAAACCCACGGAAAGCCUACAAACUUUGAUUGAUGACUCUAGUGAACACAAGCGGCACAGAAGAAGGAGACAUAAUAGAAGGAGACUACGCAACAUACAAUCCAUUGAGGAAUUGGAUAAAAAUAGAUCGAAGUGGUCAGACGAAAACGAUCAACAGAAAAAGAAGUUUUUUCGCCAUCAUAAGAAAUUUCGAAAUGAACUGGAAUACAGGAAAUUUGAAAUACCCGAGCAUGAAUUCGAAGAAAAGUUUGACGUUAAGCCACCGCCAAAGGCGCCUCUAAAGAACAAUACAGAAAUUUUCAAAGACUGGUUUUUUCGCGAUUCUGAUAUAGACUUAGAAGAAGCCGAAAGUCAAUUUUAUAAUAAUACUGAGGAUAAAAUAAGGCACCGUAGUGCCCGCGCAGCGACAAACCGAAAAGAGCGGAUAUGGGAAAAUGGUGUGAUUCCAUAUGAAAUAGACGGGAACUUUAGUGGGGCUCAUAAAUCUCUAUUCAAACAAGCUAUGAGGCAUUGGGAAAACUUUACUUGCGUCAAAUUCGUCGAAAGAGAUUCCGAACUACAUAGGGACUACAUUAUUUUCACAGAGCGGCCGUGUGGGUGUUGUUCCUUUGUCGGAAAACGUGGUAACGGUGCUCAAGCGAUAUCAAUUGGAAAGAAUUGCGAUAAGUUCGGUAUCGUAGUACACGAGCUGGGUCACGUGGUCGGCUUCUGGCAUGAGCACACGCGACCCGACAGAGACAGGCAUGUCCAAAUCAUCAGGGACAAUAUUAUGACAGGACAAGAGUAUAAUUUCAAUAAACUGACGGAGGAAGAAGUGAACUCAUUGGGGCAGACUUAUGACUAUGAUUCUAUAAUGCACUACGCGCGAAACACUUUUAGCAAGGGUACAUAUUUAGACACGAUAUUACCGCUAGAAGUACAUGGAAAGAAGAGACCGGAGAUUGGGCAGAGAGUGAGAUUGAGUGCCAGUGACAUCGCCCAAACUAAUCUUCUUUAUAAAUGUGCUAAAUGCGGCAAAACUUUCUUAGGAAAUUCGGGAUGGUUCAACUCGCCGGGCUGGGGGACAGAAACACCUCCAGCAACAGCCGAGCGUUGUGAAUGGCGUAUUGUUGCAACGCACGGGGAAAGAGUCGUCCUUAAUAUAACUGAAAUCGAUAUCCACAAAACAGAUGGAUGUCGUUCAGAAUGGGUUGAUGUGCUUGACGGGUACAUGCCUGAUGCGCCCGUUUUGGGCCGGAUUUGUGGCUCCGGGAAGGGACCAGUGCUGUGGUCCACGGGAUCAAGACUAACCGUCGUUUAUCAACCUGGACCGCGAUCUAAACCGAAUCGUGGAUUCAGAGCUUAUUAUGAAGCGGUAUGCGGAGGGGAUAUAGACGUCGACAGCAGCGGUCAUUUGGAGUCACCGAAUUAUCCUGAUGACUAUCAACCGAAUAAGCUCUGUGUUUGGCGACUCACUGUUCCACAGGACUAUCAAGUAGCUCUUCGUUUCCAUUCGUUUGAAGUGGAGAACCAUGACACAUGUAACUACGACAAAGUGAAAGUGCGAGAUGGUGACUCCAUGGAUAGUCCACUUAUUGGCAUGUUUUGUGGACACAAAAUACCGCCAGAUAUCAGGUCAACAUCAAACAAACUUUUAGUAAUUUUCGAAUCAGACAGUUCAGUACAAAAAGCGGGUUUUUCUGCGACGUUUAUGAAAGAGUUCGACGAAUGCGCUUCCAUAGACCACGGCUGCAGCCAUUCUUGUGUUAACACUCUCGGUGGGUAUGAGUGCGCUUGUGAUAUUGGAUAUGAACUGCAUUCGGAUGGCAAGAAGUGUGAGAACGCAUGUGGGGGUGUACUAUACGCUCCAAAUGGAACAAUUACUUCGCCAUCAUUUCCCGAUCUGUACCCUCCGUCUAAGAAUUGUUUGUGGGAGAUCGUGGCGCCUCCACAGCAUCGGAUAACACUUAAUUUCACUCACUUCGACUUGGAAGGCAGCAAUAAUAUGUAUCAUCAGGAAUGUGAAUAUGACAGUGUGACAGUCCACUCGCGUUUGGGUGCCGAUGUUUUGCGGCGACAUGGUGCGUUUUGUGGCUCCAUUUUACCUCCUCCUGUCACCUCAGAUGGCUCGGUUUUACGUGUUCAGUUUACAUCAGACACAUCAGUCCAUCACUCCGGUUUCGCAGCAGCGUAUUACAUAGACGUAGACGAAUGCUCGGACAAUAAUGGCGGAUGUCAGCACGAGUGUCACAACACGCUGGGGGGUUACGAGUGCGCUUGUCAUAGUGGCUUCACGUUACACCCCAAUAAACACGAUUGCAAAGAGGGCGGGUGUAAGCAUGAUAUAACGCAUCCACAUGGGACUAUUUUCAGUCCAAACUAUCCCGACUCGUAUCCGUCCCGUAAAGACUGCGUGUGGCAAUUCUCCACGACACCAGGACAUCGGAUCAAAUUGAUAUUCAAUGUAUUUGAAUUGGAACCACAUCAGGAAUGCACAUACGACCAUGUGACAAUUUACGACGGUGCAUCAGCUGAUGAACCGACGUUGGGUCGAUUCUGUGGCAGCAAGUUGCCACACCCUGUAGUCGCUUCACAGAACCUCAUGUAUGUGGUGUUCAAGUCGGAUGCCUCCGUACAGAGGAAGGGCUUCUUCGCUACUUACUCCACUGCAUGUGGCGGCUACCUAAGAGCAACUGACACAGUUAAACACUUAUAUUCCCACGCUCGAUAUGGCCAUGAUUCGUAUGAAUCCCAUGCCAACUGCGAUUGGAGUAUUGUGGCACCAGUUGGCCAAUUCGUUAGACUCACAUUCCUCACAUUUGAGUUGGAACCGGAGGCCAACUGCGGUUAUGACUUUGUCCAAAUCUUAGGAGGAUUAGAAGGAAGCGUUGGGCCGUAUGGAAAUUAUUGUGGAACUAAGAUGCCUCCAGAAAUUGUAUCAACAACAGAAGCAUUACUUGUGAAAUUCCGUACGGACGAUUCCAUCGUAUUCAAAGGUUUUUCCGCGUCGUACCAAGCCGUGAAGCCAGAUGUAUGGAGUGGGGAGGACAGCUCCGAAGGUGGGGAGGAUGAUGAGGAAGAGGAUGAGCAGAUGCCUCCCCUCGUGGUAGGGAGGGGUCUACGAGGGUCGACGAGAUAUGUCAGACGGCCUACGUGACGGUGGCCAUUACGUCAUCCUAGACACAGGCGACCCCAUAGGAACACAAAACGUACGAAAUCUGUGUCCGUUCAUGGACCGUAUUAGGCCAAUAAUACUGCUGGGAGUGAGUCAUUUUCAUUUUACUGGAUUUAAACGCGUUUAUAACUUCAGACAAUACAAUGAGUUAUCAAUCGUUUUGGCAUUGUUCCUUAGUUCCUCACUUCUUGUUUAUUUUCCAUUUGGUCUGUUUCAUUUUUCUCUUGUUGGCUAAUCAGCAGAAUUAAGUAGAGUCAUAAAGGUGGAAUUUUUAGGCAGUUUUAUUCGGUUCCAAAAUAAUUUUGUAACGGUAUAUUCGCGUUUUAAUCCAACAAGAUUUUGUCUUAUAAUUUUUACAAAUUUCAUCCAAAAGUUUCUCAGAAUAUUUCACAGCAGUAAUACAAGCAAUAAAAUUUCACGUAUAAUAAUCACUAAACAUCGGACAUAAAGUCUUACCUGAAUUGCACCGUUGUUUUCGAUAAACCAUAAUAGAAAAUUUAAUAAAAUAGUAUCCUGAUCCGUAAUUUUAUAAUUUUCACAACAGGUGCAUACCACGUGUGUUCUGUUUUCGAAUUUUAGUUUUAAGACUGCAUUUUCAAAUGUUUAUUUUACUUAACUAUUUAUUAAUUAGUUAACUUUUCCAUUUGACUGCAUUUUAAUGUACAUAAGAUAACUAGAACUGCCUAUUGGUUAAAAUACUCAUAGAAAAUCAUUUAGUCAUGAGACAAUAUUUUUAUGUUAAAUAGUUUAAGAUGGAUAUUCGUACCAAAGAAUAAUUUCUACGCAAUUUUUGUACAAUUAAUACUUCAUUGUAAUACUUUUAAUGUUAUAAGUUGUACUUAUUUGUAACUUAUUAUUUAUAUUGAGAUUUUAAUAUAUUUUAUGGUAUUGGUAGCACCGUGAGGUUGAC